AUGGAGAGGAUCGCAGCGUUGGAGAGGGAGCUGGAGAAGGCUAGAUCCCUGGAAAGUGUGAGCACCGCCAAUUGCGCGCCAAUCGCAGUUGGCCCAAGCGCAGUUGGCGCCAACAGUGGAGCGUCGGGGCGGCCGCCAUUUUGGAGCGGCCAGCCAAUACCCACAUCUAACGGAGAGACCUUACAUAACGGGGUCGGGUCGGUGCCAUACAACGGUGACGGUGCGAACGGUGCGGCCUGCACGCUGCCGCCAUCUUCGAGUGGACCGCCAUUGCUAACGACUAGCAACUAUUUUAUGGAGCCACUGUGUGCAACAGGCACUGCGCAGCCAGCGCAUGGACUCGUGCUACCGGGCGUGAGCAUCCACAAUGCGGCAACAGCAUCGCCACUUGUCGGAUCCUACGCCGCGACGACGCCGAGUGGAAUCCAGGGAGCAUAUGGGCCAAGGAAGCUUCCGGACUUGCCUAUAUUUGGAGGGCAGCCCGAGGAGUGGCCGAUCUUCAGCUGUGCGUUCGUGGAGACGACCCGAGCGUACAACUGCACGGACCUGGAGAACAACCAGAGGUUGUUGAAGGCGCUGAAGGAUGAAGCGCGCGAGGCAGUAAAGGCGCUAUUGAUUCAUCCAGGGAAUGUCAGCGCCGUGAUGGAGCAGCUGUCAGCGAAGGCGCAGCAACACCUGGGGAACCCAACCCUCAUAGAGGAGCUUGUGGCCAUGCUGCCAACGAGCAAGCGAGUGGACUGGGCCAUGCAUGCUGCAACGAUUGCGCCCUUUCCUACUGUAGUCCACUUCAGCGCGUGGCUACAGGAGUACGCAAACGUGGUGUGCACGCUUUUGGACGUCGAGGGAAAGGAGCCGAGGCGUCGACUUCUACAUGCAAGCGUCGACCAUAAUGAAUGCGAUCAACAGGAUGAUCGGCAUGGAGGUUGUCCCAUCUGUGGAGGACAGCAUGGAAUAUUGAACUGCAGAAAAUUUAUUGGAGCUUCGCCACAGGAAAGGUGGAGCAAUGUGAAGAGGCAUCGGCUCUGCUUCAAUUGCCUGCGAAGCGGGCACACGGCUAGAUCCUGCUAUACGCAAGGUGAGUGCCAGAUUAAUGGAUGCCGAAGGGAGCAUCACCGUCUGCUACAUGGUGCGGACGAGGAGCGAAGGCCGCUGCAGCGAGGUGGCUUCAGACGCCACGAAGGGAACCAGCAGCCAGCAGUUUCCAGCAACAGCCUGGAGAGAGGAGAUCCGCGUGAAGCGGGAGCGCCCAUGCAGAGGAAUUUGAGCUGCGUUGACGCCGAAGGAGGCCAUCUACUGUUCCGUAUACUGCCGGUUACGCUGUACGGAGCGGGGCGAAAGGUGGAUACGUAUGCGCUCCUAGAUGAGGGAUCCUCCACAUUGAGCCGACGAGAUGUCCAGGGCGUGCACAGGGAUGCGCGUCUGCCGAUGAAGCCUUACAGCAACGUGGUGCCGAAGCUGCUCAUCGGCCUGGAUCACGGACAUCUGGGGUUGCCACUUAGGACGAGGCGGUUCGCUCGAGAGGGACCGUAUGCGGCCGCAACCGAGCUGGGCUGGGUUGUGUUUGGGCCUGUAAGUGGGCAACCGACCACGCCGUCACCGAGGUCCUGCCUACUUGCCGUGUCAGUGGAUGACGCGAUGGAGAAGAUGGUGGAGGACUAUUUCGACAUGGAGAACUUUGGAGUGAAGACCGCGCCGCCGGUCGCAGCCAGCGACGAUGUUCGGGCCCAAAGGAUACUCGAAGACACCACGGUGAAAGUGGGGCGUCGCUACCAGACGGGAUUACUCUGGAAGGACGACCACGUUGUGCUGCCACCGAGCUAUGAGAUGGCGUACAGGAGGCUGGUCAACGUCGAGAAGAAGAUGAAGCGCAACAAGCCGUUGGCGCAGGAAUACGAUCGGAUUAUAAAGGAUUACGUGUCUAAAGGAUACGCGAGGAGGCUGCAGCCGGAGGAGGUCGCGGUAAGGAGCGAUCGCCUAUGGUAUUUGCAACAUUUUGGUGUCGAAAACCCAAACAAGCCCGGCAAGGUACGGCUUGUGUUUGAUGCUGCAGCCAAAGUUGGAGGAACCUCGCUAAACUCGGAGCUGGACAAUGGGCCUCAGCACUAUAAGCCUUUGCCAGCUGUGUCCUUUCAUUUCAGAGAGGGAGCCGUCGGAGAUGGCGCCUUGAGAGAUGGCGACGACGAGAGAGAUCCGGAUGUCUAUGAGAUGAACGUAAUGACGUUUGGAGCAGCCUGCUCGCCGAGCGCUGCGCAUUACGUGAAGACUAUGAAUGCCCUGAAGUAUCGGGAUUCGGAUCCGAGAGCGGUCAAGGCCAUCACCGACUACCAUUAUGUCGAUGACUAUGUGGACAGUUUCGCUACAGAGAGCGAGGCUAUCAUCGUAUCUACCCGAGUGAAGGAGAUACACAAGGAUGCUGGAUUCGAAUUAUGCCAGUUUUCAUCCAGCUCACCCAACGUGGAGACGGCUUUAGGACCUGGUCGAGUCAAGAGCUUCGGAUGGGGUGAGGCUGAAGAGAAGAUCCUCGGAAUGCGUUGGCAAGUAGCAACAGAUGACUUCAGAUUCAACGUGGAGUAUCAUCGAGUGCCAAGCAGCGUCCUGAGUGGAGAUCGAGUCCCUACGAAGAGGGAACAUUUGAGCCUGGUGAUGUCAACGUUUGAUCCCCUGGGAUUCCUGUGCUGCCUCAUGGUUACAGCGAAGCUGCUGCUGCGAGAGAUUUGGAGGCAGAAGAUCCAGUAG